UUUACAUUUCCUAUCUGUUUAUUUACAGAAAUCUACGAUUACAAAUUUGGUCGACAAGUGUAGUGUGCGUAGUGAAAUUCGGUGGUACCACUCGCUACCCACACAGGAAAUGUCCUUCGAAUGUUCUGUGUGCGACAAGAAAUUUACCACACGCCAGAGGCACCGCAUACAUUUCCGGACGCACACAGGUGAAAAGCCCUACGAGUGUGCAUUGUGCAGCAAGAAAUUUGCUCAAGAUAGUGGUCUCCGAGCACAUCUCCGAACCCACACAGGGGAAAAGCCCUACGAGUGUUCAUUGUGCAGCAAGAAAUUUGCUCUAAGUGGUGCUCUCCGUGGACAUCUCCGAACGCACUCAGGAGAAAAGCCCUAUAGUUGUUUCGAAUGCAAAAGGAAAUUUGCGAGCAGAAGAAAUCUCUAUAGACAUCUUGUUGCGCAUUUAGUCAAUAGGCGCUUCCAGUGUUCUGUUUGCAACAAGGAGUUUGCGCGAGAUGACUAUCUCCGGAAACAUUUCCAAAUAACCCACACGGACAGAGGGAAAAAUUACCGCCACGAGUGUUCUUUGUGCCACAAGAAAUUCGAAACACCUACUUAUCUCCGUAUACAUUUCCGGACGCACACAGGCGAAAAGCCCUUCGAGUGUUCUUUGUGCAGCAAGAAAUUUGCACAAAGUGGUAGUCUCCAAUCACAUCUCCGAACACAUACGGGGGAAAAGCCAUUCGAGUGUUCUGUGUGCAACAAGAAAUUUUCAGAAAAAAGACAUCUCCGUGUGCAUCUCCCAACGCACACCGGAGAAAGAAACUACGAGUGUUCUGUGUGCAGUAAGCGAUUUCUGCGUCGUGAAACUCUUACGGAACAUCGCCGAACGCACGCAGAAGGAAACCCUUUCGAAUGUCCUGUCUGCAACCAGAAGUUUAAGCAAAAUAGUUACCUACGUAGACACCUCCUAAGACACACAGGUGAAAAGCGAUAUGAGUGUUCUGUUUGCAACAAGAAAUUUACGCAAAGUGGUGGUCUUACCGCUCAUUUCCGACUACACACAGGGAAAACGCCUUUCGAGUGUUCUGUAUGCAACAAGAAAUUUGUGGCAUCUAGUGGCCUCCGCUCACAUCUCCAGACGCAUACACGAGUGAAAGAGCCUUUUGAUUUGUGUGUUCAACAAGAAAUUUACGCCAAACUGGGCUCUCUAAAGACAGCUUAAAAUACGCGGAAGUUAGUC